AGGAAGGGAGCCAAAAAAAAAAAAAAAAAAUACAUACAUUUAUAUUUUUUUCAUGGGUUUUUAUUAAAACCAUUUUGGUGAUCCCCCAGAGGAAAAUUUUUUCUUACUCAUUGGAACCACUGCAAUCAGUGCAGCAAAAUGGUUUUGAAGGAUAAAAGGAAAAAAAAAAAAAAUUUCGCAAAAUACAAGGGCAAGAAAAACUUCAGUAAAUUUCCUACGAAGGAAGAAAAUGACAAAACGGGAAAUGCCAGCCGCGGAAGCGAACUCUAUGACGAGAGCGACUUGCCAUGCUAUGACAAUAAUGAUGACAUCCUAAUUAGGGACAAGGAUUUUUUUUCGUACCUUUUAAAGUCUGAUGAUGAAUUAAGCGAGAAGGGGGGAGUUCCAAAGGGGCAAGCGUCAAGUGUAGGGGCACGGAAGGGCCGUCGCGCCGACUUCCUCCUGGCAGCAGUGGCGUUUAGCAUACCUCCCGGCAUGGUAUAGCCUAUGUGUGCAUCCGCCAAAAUGGGAAAAGUCCCCUUUUAGCUGUACCAUAUGCACGUGUAUAGAUGCCUUUGCCGCGGCGCAUGUGUGCAGGUUCGCCAUGCUGUCCCAUGAGAGGAAUCUCCAAUGCAAAUUUCACCCAAGCGUUUCCACUCGAGCGGAUUUGAAGUGAACAUAUGAGGCAUCUUUUCCAUUUGUUCUUUCCUUCCUCGUUAUGCGAAGAGACGCUUCAAAAAAGCACAUUUUGACAAUCUCCCCUUUGGCGAUAAAAUCGAAGGGACUACCGAAGGUGGUGGUGCGCUGAGCGGAGGGGUAUAAUGAGGGAGAG